CUUGACAGGUGGGCGCGCGCAGCUGGCGGGUCGCUCGCGCCGCUGACGGAUGGAGCUGGUGUGACUCCGGAUCUCUUCCGACUCUUUGGGACAAAACCGGAGGAAAACCGGGUUUUUUUUUAUCCGCGAUGAGAACCGAACAGAGUGAACCGGGAGAGAACUCCACCAACUCGCAGAGCGAGAUGCUGAUCAACCAGCUGAAGGAGAUCACUGGCAUCCAGGACCCACAGAUUCUCUACAGAGCCUUGAAGGCCAGUCAGGGGGAUGUUGGACAUGCUGUGGGACUGUUAACAACACAACCUGCAGAGGUUCAGGAUCCUGGAGAACCAGAGGAGUCAGGGGCCCCUGAAGAGGCCUGGGAGGGCCCAAAAGGAAUUCGUAAAGAUGAGCUGCAGGCGGCCAUAGAGCUCAGCCUGCAGGAGUCGCACAAUGCCCAGGAGGAGGAGAGAGACUUUCACAGGGCUCUGGAGGCCAGUGCAGAGGAGAACGCAGCGAGAAUGAAGAGGAAACGAUGUGAGGCCCAGGGCGACAUGAGCAGCCCCACAGACUGGAUCCGCCAGGACGACAUGCCCGUGGGCAUUCGCAACGUGGGAAACACCUGCUGGUUCAGUGCCGUCAUACAGUCUCUGUUCCACCUGCCUGUGUUCCGGAGGCUGGUUCUCAACUACCAUCUGUCUGAGCGUCUCCUGGAGAAGUGCAAGAGCCACUCAGACAAGAGGAACAUCGCGUUCAUGCAGGAGCUGCGUUGCCUGUUCGCCCUCAUGCUCGGCUCCACCCGCCGGUUCGUGGAUCCCUCCGCUGCCGUGGAGUUACUGCGCGAUGCCUUCAGGAGCAGUGAGGCCCAACAGGAUGUAAGCGAGUUUUCCCACAAACUGCUUGACUGGCUGGAGGACGCAUUUCAACUGGCUGCCAGUGGAAACAACGCAGAGGACAAACAGAAGAACCCCAUGGUCCAGCUUUUCUACGGCACCUUCGUAACUGAAAGAAAACAUGAAGGUAAGACGCUAUGCAACACCGAGCAGUUCGGUCAGUAUCCCCUUCAAGUCAACGGCUUCAACAACCUGGAUGAAUGUCUAGAAGGAGCCAUGGUCGAGAGGGAGAUUGAAUCACUGCAUUCAGAACACAGCGUUACACCUGGUCGUGAGAGAUGGUUCAACAAGUUGCCGCCUGUCCUGACGUUUGAAUUGUCCCGAUUUGAGUUCAACACUCAGCUCGGUCGUCCUGAAAAGAUACACAAGAAACUGGAGUUCCCACAAAUCAUUUACAUGGACAGAUAUCUGCACAGAAACAUAGACCAGACCCAUGAGAGGAGAGGGGAAGUGAAGAGACUCAAGGAGCAACUUGCAGUCCUUCAACAGAAGUUUGAGUGCUACAAAAACUACGGCUCAGGACCGACCAAGUAUCCUCUGGCUGACAUGCUGCAGUUUGUGUUGGAGUUCGCUACGACAAAGCCCACAAGUGUUUCCCCGGCCGAAGACCUGAGACUAGCUGCAUCUUCACCGACUCUGUCAGGUCCCCCGCUCAGUGAACCCACAUCCAGAGAGAACGGGUGUGAACCAGAAAACUAUACAAGUGAACCAGAAGACACAGAUUCUUCCGAGGGCCUGGUGUCCAGCGUGUCGAGCUGCCAGCGGACCCCCAUAUACAAGCCCUUCACCCAGUGCAGACACCCCAUCGACUGCCCCCCGCACCCUGCCCCACACAGCAUCACCGACGAGGAGCUCCACUUUGUUAAGAACUGCCUACAGCGCUGGAGGACCGAAGUAGAGAAUGAUAUCAAUGGUGUGCGUGUGCGUGUGUCAGAGCUACAGGCCAGCAUUGACAGGCUCAGUCAGAAGCUGGAGGGCAUGUACUCAGACAACAGUCUCUGUCAGGCCCCCUACAGACUCCACGCGGUGCUCGUCCACGAGGGCCAGGCGUCGGCGGGUCACUACUGGGCCUACAUCUACGACCACGCCAACCAGCGCUGGAUGAAGUACAACGACAUCUGCAUCACCGAGUCGUCGUGGGAGGAGCUGGAGCGCGACUCGUUCGGGGGCAUGACCAACGCCAGCGCCUACUGUCUGAUGUACAUCGACGACAGGCUACCGCACCUUAUUACAGAAGACACUGAUGACGAGACAGGCCAGAUGCUGCACGGCAUGGACUCCCUGCCGCCCGUCCUCAGGCGCUACGUCCACGAAGACAACCGCUGGUUCCAGCAGGAGCUCAGCGAAUGGGAGGAGCAGUUCUGCCAGACGGCCGCGCCGCAGGGAGAGACCACCAGUUCUGCCGAGAUCCCGAAUCCCGGUCCAGAUGACGUCCAGCAAACGGCUGUUGAGCCAGCACCUCAGUCAGGACCCUGCACGGAGGAGGAGGAGGAGGAGGACCAGGGAGCCGCUGAGGAGCCAGAGCCAGAGCCAGAGCCAGAGCCAGAAGCAGAAGCAGAAGCAGAAGCAGAAGCAGAAGCAGAAGCAGAGAAGGAUCCAGAGGCCGAACCCGGAGAGAAGCCUGAAGAAGAAUCAGAGUCAACACCAUCACCACCACCCCCGCCGCAGAGCCCUGGCCUCCAGUCCGACGACAGCAGCACUGCAGCCGUCACCGACACCGACGCCCCGGGGCCCGGCCAGAGCUCCACUUCAGCUGAGAAGGAGCCGCAGAGUCAGACUCCUGACCCCGAAGCAGAGCUCAGCAACCCGACAUCCCCUGACCUCCACGUGGAUAAGGACGACGCAGAGGUGACGGACCUCGGCUCCAAAGCUGAAGACGAGACGGAGGCCUCCGGAGAAGCCCCUGAACAGGAAGCGGAGCAGAAGGAGGAGACGCAGCAGCAGGACGUCCCGCCGGCGAGGCAGCGGCAGACCGAGGACGAGGUGUCAGAGGUGGAGAUCCCGAACGUGGGCAGGAUCAUGGUGAGGGCCGAUGCUGAUGGAUACAAUGAAGAGAUGAUGCUGACUCCAGCUAUGCAGGGCGUCAUUAUGGCCAUAGCCAAGGCCCGAUACAUCUUCGACAAGGAAGGCCCUGAGGCCGGCCUCAUCAAGGCCUUCCAUGAGGAGUACUGCCGCUUGUUUGAGCUCUCCCAGGAGGAGACGACGCCCCAGGAGGAUCCUCGUCUGCAGCACGCUCUGGUCUACUUCUUCCAGAACAACGCGCCCAAACGCAUCAUCGAGAGGACGCUGCUGGAGCAGUUCACUGACCGGAACCUGAGCUUCGACGAGAGGGCCAUCAGCAUCAUGAGGGAAGCCCGGGCCAAGCUGCGCCUCAUCAAGCCAGAUGACAUGGACAUGGAUGAAUACUUGCAGUGGCACGACGACUACAGGCUGUUCAGGACAGUGUUUGUGUACCUGCUGACCGGCCUGGAGCACUACCAGCACGGGAAGAUGCGGGAGGCACUGAUCUACCUGGCUCAUGCGUACGAGACCAACUCCACUCUGCUGAAGAACGGAGAGAAACGUGGCGUGGACAAGUCGCUGAUUGGGGUUUACAGGAGGAAAUGCCUCACUGCGCUGAACGAGAGCGCCUCACGAUUGUUCUGCAGCGGCGAGGAGAGCAAAGUGGAGGAGGGCGUCGCCAUCAUGGACGAGGCCGUGAUCCCCUGUCUUCACCUGAUGAGCCGGGACCUGGUUCUAUCGCAGGAAGAUCGGGACGUCACGGAGAGCAUCCGCAGCCACUGGUGCUGCUGCCUGGGCCAGGACAUGGAGGACUCAUUGCAGGUGAAGCUGGGUGAGUUGCUUCCCCGGGUCCUGGACGGCGCAGCGGAGGCCGUCGUGCUCAAAGACCCCCCCAAAGUGCACGUCAACCAGGCACACGACCUGUGCAGCCGCCUGGCCGCUGUCAUGGAGUCCAUUCACAGCACGACGGUGGUCAGCGUGAAGUAAAGUCCCGAGUGAAACCUCCGACAACCUCCUUCCAACGUGCACCCUCAAUGCAAGCAACACGGACGGUGGACUGUUCUGUGCUGAGCGACUGUGGGGUGGAGACAUUUGUGUUUUUCACUUUAUCUGCUGCUUUGGCGUCGCACACAAAUAUUGUUUUUGAUAUGUUAACACAUGCAAGCUGCAAGCACUCAUUGGGGAUUAGUAGAUACGGGAGGGGGCAGGGCUGUCACCACAUGAAUACAUGAACAGCAUUAACUCGUCAAAAAAGAAAAUUUGUUCUACCCCAAAAUCCUUUGAAGAAUUUCUCGUAAAGCUUUAAAUCUGUGAGAAUGAUCAAUUUGCGUCUGCAGCCUUCUUCUGGCCAACGUUCAAAUGUGCUGCAGCUGUAGAGAGGAUUCUAAAGAUUUACUCUGUGUGACUAUCACAGACAAUUAUUCGUGAAAACAACCUGCUGACGUGAAACAACAUGACGUCCGCCUCUGACUCGCGAGUACUCGUAAAAGUUCGUAAAUGGACAUGUUGUACUGACACUGGCGUAAUUGUUCAUUUUAAAAAGUGGCAACAGUUAAGACGUUUUCGGGGAUUAACUCCACAAAAUCGUUUUCCGGAGUUUACCUUUUAAUAUGAAGAAACUUAGCUGGAGACUGUUUGGGUCCGAUACGUUCACAACAACAGGAAAACAUCUGUAACAUUCAGGCGGAGUAACAUCUGUGUAUCGCAGCCAGAGGCAGGACAUGACGUAAAAACUAAGUUUUUGUUUUUGCACAUCGACAUCAGCCCCUUUUUGCCAAAAGCUCUUGAAUCUCGUCGUCUUUCCAAGUUCACAUCUUCGUCAGUGUCAAUGUGUGUGAAGCCUCUUUUUCAUCCUGAGAUAUUUGUAUUCCUCCAGUUUUGCAUCUGUCUCAUGUUAGAAACGUCGUCAACACAUCCACUCCUUCGCUCGCUUGCUCGCUCGUGAUUUUUCCGGAAAUUUUCUUGCAGUAUUCUCACUGUGACUCAGACAUUUGCCUUCUCACGUACAACCACUCUAGAACAUUUCAGGAAAAUGCUCAGACUUCAGUGCGUGUCUGAAAGCAGCUUUAGACCGUCACACAACUCUGCUGGGAUUGCUGAUUUGCUGAUUGUGUUGCUAAGCAGCGUGAAUGCACGAUGAAGCCUCUUGAUUUGUACUGCACAGUAACAGAGUUCUGUUAGUUUGCUUUUUUUUUUAAAUAUAUAUUUUAUAUUACUUUGUAUUUUUCCAAAACAGACUCUAGAAAGUUUGACGAGUAAAGGAAAUUCAGAAUCGUAUUCACAGUAUGCAGUGAUGCAUAAAACAUAUUAAUGUACGACUUUAUUAAAAAGGGAGCUGUCUCAGAACACUUGUGAGCUGUAGUGUUAAGUGGCAGCUCUUCUUUGUAUGACAGCACCUUGCAUAUACAACUGUGCCUUCUUUGAGAUGUUCCUGUAACAGCUGCUGAGUCCACACUGCCUUUUCACUUGGUGUCUGUGAUGAUACUCAAUAAAUGUUUAAAAUAC